CGCCAGUCGCUGUUAUCAUACUGCAUGCGUUUCUUAAGCAAUUCUGUUUAUUUAUUUUACUUCUAUAAAUGACAAUAACAACGAAUGAGGCUUGGCAAGACUUAAUUGGUAUUAAUGCCGAUCCGCCGAAUAUGCGCGAUAAGUGCGAACAGUGCAAACGACCAGUGGUGGUUUGCUGGUGCUCCGCUCUACCGCAGCCGCCAAUAGCAACAGCCUCACAAAUUGUGAUACUGCAACAUCCUGCUGAAGAGAAGCGCUCUCUACGCACCGCUCUAAUGCUGCAGCUUGGCCUGGAGUCCGGCAAGUGCCUUGUCUACAAGGGCAAGCGAUUUCCGAAUGCGCGCAACCAAGCCGCCCUCCAGAAACUAUUUGACUCGUCACAGACGCUACUUCUGUAUCCCAGCAAGGACUCAGUGCCAUUGGAGCAAAUUGAUCGCAGUGCUGGUCCGUACACCUUGGUGCUUAUCAAUGGCACUUGGCCACAGGCGAAGGCAAUCUAUGCCAGCAGUUCGGCCUUGCAUCGUCUGCGUCAGGUUAAGCUUAUAUCGGUUGGCAUCAGUGACUAUAUAAUACGCACCCAACCCACAGAAGGCUGUCUUAGCACGCUGGAGACGGCGGCAAAAUGCCUGGCCGUCCUGGAAUCCCAGCCUGAGCUGCGUGAGCGACUGGUUCGUCCAUUACAUGCGCUCUGCAAAUAUCAGCUAGACAACGGUGCUGUGGAACAUCAGUCUAAGGAGUUUCUGCUAAAAAACAAUCAAUACCCCAAGUCAAUUGGCAAGCGUCUGGGACGCCUGCUCAAUACUGUCUGCGGCAGUGCAAACAGCUCAGAGGAGCAGCAAACUAUAAAACAGCAAUGCUGAUAAAUGUAAACCAUCAAUUAGUUUAAAUGCCAUGCUCAAUGAAUAUGUAUAUCGUAUAUUGUGUAUCCUGCCUGGACUCACACAUGGGUGUUAUAAAACUGGAAUUACAUUCGCGUAGAACCUCAUCAAAAUCUACAUAAUUAGCAGCUCUAGAAGAAACUGUUGUGGU